AUGGAUUUAGAAUUUAAUAUUGAAAGUAAAAAAGAAAAUUCAAACUCUAAAGAAAAAGAAAAUAAAUUAAUAACAGACUAUUCCAAAUUCUUUUCAUUAAGAAAUACAACACCUGUUCAAGUAACUCCCAUUGAGCUUAAAAGUUUUGUUGUUUCUAAAGAUUAUUAUCAAUUUGGUGCUGGUGUACCCUCGCAUUUAUUUUUUCCAAUUAAAGGACUAAAGUUUCAAUUUCAAUAUGUAGAUGAAACAAUAGAGAUCGAGGAAGAUAAUUUAGGAACACUUCAACAAUAUUCACAAUUACCUGGAUUUCCUAAAUUAAUCGAGUGGUUAAGAGAGUUACAAAAAAGAUAUCAUGGUUUAGAUAGCUAUGAUACAGAAGGAAAAGAAUGGGAUAUAUUAUUAACAACGGGUUCACAGCAAGGGUUGGAUGUAAUGUUUAAAGUUUUUCUUGAUAGAAAUGAUUCCCUUUUAACAGAAAGAUAUUCUUAUGGUGGCAUGUUUGCUUUAUCCCAACCUUUUGGCGUAAAUACAAUUGGUAUAGAGAUGGAUGAUAGGGGUGUUAUACCAGAUCAACUACAGUAUGUUUUAAAAAACUGGUGCACAUUGCAUAGAGAUAAAAAAUUCCCAAAAGCACUAUAUGUAAUACCACAUGGCCAAAACCCAACUGGUAUCAUAUACGACCUUGAAAGAAAAAGAGAAAUUUAUAACAUUUGUAGAGAAUGGGACUUAUUAAUCAUAGAAGAUGACCCUCAUUUCUUUUUGCAAUUUGAAAACCCAAUGAAUGAAAAGGGUCAUAGAAUUUUAGAAAAGUCAUUUUUAAAGAUAGAUACAGACGAUAGAGUAGUUAGAUUAGAUACUUUUAGCAAAUUUUUGUCAAGUGGUAUAAGAAUGGGAAUAAUUACAUGCAGUAAGAAACUAAUGCCAAUAUUUAAUUUGGAGGUUACAUGCGCAAUAUUCCAUCCAUCCGGUCUAACUCAAGCAAUGUUGGAAGCACUAUUUUUAAGAUGGGGCUACGAAGGCUUUGAAAAUCAUGUAAAGAGGGUUCAAGAUAUUUUAAUACAGAAAAGAAAAGAUGCAAUUGAAAAUAUAGAGAAACAUCUUAAAGGUUUGGUUACAUACAGGGUACCAAAUAGUGGAUUAUAUUUAUGGUUAAAGCUUAAUAAUGUAGACUGCUCAUUAACUUUUAUUAGAGAUAUUGUGUUCCCAAGGAAUGUUUUAUUUGGUUUAGGAAUUUCUCACUCACCAGAUAGAAAUGUCAAAUCACCCUACAUCAGGGUAACAUUUUCAUAUUUAGAAAAAGAAGAUGGUGAUGUAGCUUUUAAAAUAUUAGGUGAUUGUUUAAGAUCUUUAAAUGGUAAUAAUAAUAUCGAUCAAGAUAAAAAAACUGUAUCGGUUAAUGAUAAAUCAUCAAGUUCAAAACCACAUCAACCUUUAAUUCUCCAAUUACAAUUUCAUCAACAAAUUCGAUGA